AUGUCCGAAGUCAAGCCUGCACCGGCACCUGCUGCUGCUCCUGUAAAGAAGGAAAAGAAAGACAAAAAGGCCUCCAAGAAGCCUGCUGCUGCCGAGGCACAAUAUCCUUUGGAGAUGACACCCGCCCCAGAGUACCUUCAAUAUCGUAUCGAUAUGUUUGACCGCCUCAAGGCUGAAGCUGAAGCCGCUUUGAAAGACAAGCCACGUGCUCCUAUUACCAUUACUCUUCCUGAUGGCACCAAGAAGGAGGGUACUUCCUAUGAGACCUCGCCUAUGGAUAUUGCUCUUGGUAUCUCCAAGUCGCUUGCCGAUCGUACCGUUAUUGCCAAGGUCAAUGGUGAAUUGUGGGAUUUGGAGCGUCCCUUUGAGGAAUCCAGCUCUUUGGAGCUUUUGGACUUUGAAUCUGAGGAUGGUAAAAAGGUCUUUUGGCAUUCCAGUGCACACAUGCUUGGUGAAGCUUGUGAGCGUCAUUAUGGCUGUCAUUUGUGUAUUGGUCCUCCGCUUGAAGAUGGUUUCUACUAUGAGAUGGGCUUGAAGGAUCGUGUUGUCUCUCAAGCUGAUUAUGCCAAUCUUGAAAAGUUGGUUGGUAUCAUCAACAAGGAAAAGCAGCCUUUCGAACGUCUCGUUGUUUCCAAGGAGAACUUGCUCGAGAUGUUCAAGCACAACCCUUACAAGCAGCACAUUAUCAAUGACAAGAUCCCUGAUGGUACCUCCACCACUGUCUAUCGUUGUGGUCCUUUGAUUGAUUUGUGCCGUGGUCCUCACGUUCCCCACACUGGCCGUAUCAAGACCUUCACCAUCACCAAGAACUCGGCCUCUUACUUUUUGGGUGAUGCCAAGAACGACUCUUUGCAACGUAUUUAUGGUAUCUCAUUCCCUGACAAGAAGCAAAUGAGCGAAUACAAAAAGUUUAUUGAGGAAGCAAGCAAGCGUGAUCAUCGUAAGAUUGGCAAGGAGCAAGAGUUGUUCUUUUUCCAUGAAUUGUCACCUGGCUCAGCCUUCUUUUUGCCCCAUGGUGCACGUGUUUACAAUGCCUUGAUGGAUUUGAUUCGCAACGAGUAUCAACAACGUGGAUUCACUGAAGUCAUCACGCCUAACAUGUUCAACCUCAAAUUGUGGAACCAAUCGGGCCAUGCUGCCAAGUACAAGGAGAACAUGUUUUGCUUGGAGGUGGACAAGGAAGAGUUUGCAUUGAAGCCCAUGAACUGCCCUGGCCAUUGUCUCAUGUUUGGUCACACCGAUCACAGCUACCGUGAAUUGCCUAUUCGUUAUGCCGAUUUUGGUGUGUUGCAUCGUAAUGAAUUCUCUGGUGCUUUGUCUGGUCUUACGCGUGUGCGUCGUUUCCAACAAGAUGAUGCCCAUAUCUUCUGUCGUCAGGACCAAAUUGAACAAGAAAUGGCCAACUGCUUUGAUUUCUUGAACCACGUCUAUGGUAUCUUUGGCUUUGAAUUCCAUCUCAAGUUGUCGACGCGUCCAGAGAACUUUAUUGGUGAAGUGGAAGUGUGGAACAAUGCUGAAAAGAAAUUGGAGGAUGCUCUCAACAAGUUUGCUGAAAAGAAGGGCAUUGCUUGGGAAUUGAACCCUGGUGAUGGUGCUUUCUAUGGUCCCAAGAUUGAUAUCGUUAUUUCGGAUGCUUUGCGUCGUAAGCAUCAAUGCGCUACUAUCCAACUUGAUUUCCAAUUGCCUGAGCGUUUCCAACUCCAUUAUCGUACCGAAAACAGCAGCCAAGAAGAGACCUUUGCUCGCCCUGUCAUUAUCCAUCGUGCCAUUUUGGGUUCGGUUGAACGUAUGAUGGGUAUCUUGAUUGAACAUUUCGGUGGCAAGUUCCCAUUCUGGUUGUCUCCUCGUCAAGUGAGCAUCAUUCCUGUUGCCGCACCUUUCAUUCCUUACGCCAAGCAAGUCACCGAGAAGCUCGUUGCUAACGGUAUCUAUGCUGAUGCUGAUCUCUCGGAUAAUACCCUCAACAAAAAGAUCAGAAACAGUGAAAUUGCUCAAUACAAUUUCAUCUUUGUGGUCGGUGGUGAAGAAGAGAGCACCCAAUCCGUCAAUGUCCGCAACCGCGAUGAUGUCGGUACUAAGGCCAAGGGCAAGACCAUUCCUCUUGAUGAUGUCCUUGCUAGUGUCAUCCGCCUCAAGGAAUCUAAGAGUCUUGAAAACAAGUUUUAA